AAAUUGCAUUCUUUUAUCAUUUUAUCAAUGCGUACGUAUCAGGUUAAAGAAUAAGGGGACAUGCGCUAACAGAACGGGAAACUCCCAAAAUUGAUUGUUCUCGCCCCAGUUCUAUAAUUUUCCUCCAGGAUAUUACUUUUAAUUUAACUAAUGUUUUUCUAAUAGGUAAUACAGUUUCUAAAAUUAUAUAAACAUGCAAAAGUUAUUUUUUUAUCAACUCUUGAGGAGACGAAAAUUUAAGAGUAUGUAGAAAAACAAUCAACACGAAAUAAGAUGUGGAUAGAUUAAUAGUUAAUUGGAAGUUUUAAAAUACAGCUUAAACUAUGAAAAAGAUAAAGACUCCUGUAAUAGCAAUGUUUUCGACGGAUGAUAUUAUGAGUGAUGACGUGUUUGAAAGUGUAGAAGAAGCGGAAGAAAACACAAAUAAACAGAUACCUAAUGUGAUGAAACAUAACAAAAAUCUUUCAUCUACAGGAUAUAGGGACUAUAAACCAAAAACAAAUCUUAGGAAGCCAUCAGAUCCAUCUUUAAAAAUUAUUCACAAGACAAUUUUACUUGGUGACAGUGGAGUAGGAAAAACUUCACUGUUAGUUCGUUUUGAUACUGGACAAUUUCAAACUGGAAAUUUUUCUGCCACUGUUGGCAUAGGUUUUACGGUUAUGGUUCUUGGUGAUUCAGGUGUUGGGAAGACUUGUUUAUUAGUUCGUUUCAGAGAUGACAUGUUUUUAAGCGGAAAUUAUAUUUCCACAGUCGGUGUCGACUUCAGGAAUAAAGUUAUAUCUGUGGAAGACUCAAAAGUGAAAUUGCAAAUUUGGGAUACAGCAGGUCAGGAACGAUUUAGAAGCGUCACACAUGCAUACUAUAGAGAUGCUCAUGCUCUUUUACUUCUAUACGAUGUUACGAAUAGAACAAGCUUUGAUAAUAUAAGAGCCUGGCUAAGUGAAAUUCGAGAUUACGCGAAUGACCAAGUGGUUAUAAUGUUAAUAGGUAAUAAAGCAGACUGUAGCACCAGUGAUAGAAUAAUUAAAAAAGAAGAAGGUGAGAAAUUAGCACAAGAAUAUUCAGUCACAUUUAUGGAGACAUCUGCGAAAUCUGGGUUAAAUGUUGACGUAGCAUUCAUGGCUGUUGCUAGGGCAUGAUUAAAACCAAUACAAGGGUCUGUGUGUGAUAUUUUUUAAGUUUUUUUGUAGCAAUCCUACAAAACAAAAAAUUGUUGACAAAAUGAUGAAAUAUUGUCCAAUAGAAUGAGAUCAACCAUUUCUCAGGUACAGUUAUUAUUUUCUUGAUAAUAAUAUGAUGAUUAUUAAUUAAAGAGGCGCGAGUUAUACCCCUCUGAGGAACAGCUCUAAAACUAUGUAUUAGUCAAGUGUAUCUAUUAAAAUGUAAACAACCUAAUUUUUGGUUUAUUUAAUUGUGAAAUUGCAUUGAAAUGACUCUGGACCAACUUUGUAGCUGGGAAUUUUUCCUAACAAACUACAAUUUUCUUGUAUUUUUGUUUUUAUUGGCUUUUUUUUCAGAGAAUUAUUAUUCAAAAAAACUGGAGUAGAAGUUAAUAAAGGAUCGUUCAACGUUCAAGAUUAUGUAAGAGAACAAACAAAAACAAAUUGUCCAUCAUGCUCUCCUGCGUAGUAAAUAAAAUUGAAACCUUAAGUUCUAUCUCGACAUCAUAUAUUUUGAGAGCUACUAAGUAUUGGUUAAAUAUUAUUCUUGUAAAUUAAAAAAAUCUACUAAUUAUAUUAUUUACAUCUAUAUACGGAAUGCUUAUAUGUGAAAAUAUUUUUUAUGUUAAUUUUGUUUACUAACAAAUAAAAUUCUUAAGGAAUAUCCUUUAAUUGUAAUUGGGGGGUGUAAAUCCAAUAAGAACAUCAAAUUCUUGUAUUAUAGUAAUUUAAAACUAAAUACUUUUUAUUAUUAUCUAUAACAAACAAGAAUCUAAAACUUAUCAAAUCACUGUUCAUAAUAAGAUGGAUAUGUUUUAUCAGAUUAAUUAUUAUUUAAUAAAUGGCUAAUUAAUAUGAAAGCCAGCAAAAUUCUUGUUUUUCAGUUCUCUUAGACUUAUUUUCAAAGUUUUAAUAAAAACGAAUAAUAAUCUAAUAGUUUAUAUUUUUCAAAUACAUACAAAAUUAACUUUUUAAUGUAUUAAUUAUUGAUAUUGAAAGGUUCAGUAAAAUAACCUGGUGUUGUAGGCAUUUCUAUGAUUAAAAUAUUAACUUAUCUAGCGCACGGACAAGUCCAGUGAUAAAACCAAUAUAAUAAAAAAAUAAUAUUGUUUAUCAGAAAACAUAGAAAAGUGAAUUUCUAAAAAAGGUGAAGAUUUUUAGUUAUUGUACUGAACCCUUAAAUUGCAACACACGUUAUACAUUUACUCCCCUGAGUUAUAACUCUAAAAAACAUCUUAACAAAGCGUUUUAUAUAAAAGUUUUAAACAUAAAUGUUGAUACAAGUAAACAAAUAUUAAAAGUCGUGAACAUUUUUCUAAUAAUAUGUGUUUAAUUUUAGUGUAUAAAUUUAAGACUAUACCAAAGUAGAUAUUUUUAAUUAUUAUAUUUUAGUUUUUAUUUGUAAAAAAUGUUUUUAAAGAAAUCAAUUAUUUAUGUUUGAUUUUGAUUUAUGAUGAAACUUUUGUUAUACGUUAUUAUUAUAUUAUAUUAUAUAUAUAAAUUAUUGUUA